AUGUUUUCACAGGGAGCUGGAAACAGCAUUUGAAGAAGAGAGAGACAAGAACAAAGGUAAAGAGUCAAGAAUGGCAGAAAUAGAAGAAAGUUUUCAAAAAGAAAGACGAAGUCUGUCAGUUGAAAUCGAAGACAAGCAGAAAGUCAUUUCUAACAUGUCCAAACAGCUUGAAGUACAUCAAAAGAACUUCGAGGCGCUCAAAUCAGAAUUGAUUCAAGCCAGGAAACGUCAGAUAAAACUAGACACGACUUAUGGUAGCAGCAUGCGUGAACUAGAACUUCUACUUGAAAACUUCAACCUGCAUAAACCAGAUGAUGAAAAGAAAAAUCAGAAAAAAGACAAAUCCAAACCACCAUCACCAGCUCAAGUACUUGAAAACUUACGCCAUACUAUGCUUGAUUACCAGAACCGAUGUUCCAAUGCAUCAGCUGAGCUAAAAAGACACCGUGAAGUCGUUGAGAAGCUUUCUUCGGAUUGUGACAAGUAUAAAACCGUGAUUUURAAUAAAGACAAAACUGUAAAGGAGUUGGAAGACCAUUUGAAUAAAGCAGCGAAAGAGCUUGCUAAYGCACGUACAGAGUGUGCAGAGAGGGAAGCAGUUAUAGCGUCUCUCAAACUCGAUAUCAAAAGUAAAGGGAAAAUAUCUGAGGAAGAAGCCGAGAAGGUUUCAAGUAUACAAGAAGAGAAUGCGCGAUUAAAAGUAGCUUACAAGAACGAGGACGAGAGUCGACGAUUGUUUCUACAUUCCCUGUACCAACGCAUGGUGACUGGAAAAGUCUACAGCAAUUCUACGACUGAUUCCUCGMUGGGUAAAUUCUCGUGGACGGACUUGAGUAAUCUUGUGUCUGAACAGGUUAUUGCACACAUGAAUGAGAUUGACAGACUCAAUGGCAGGGUCGAUCAUCUCGAGAAUGUAAUGUCAGAGAAAGAAGAAGCACUUCUAAAGAGUCAAGAUGCACACGAAAAAAGCGUAUCUAAGUUUUCUUCUGCGCUUAAAGACAGAGAAACSUCAUGGAAGAAACAGAAAAGCGAGUUGGAGCAACACUAUAAGAGAAUUAUUGAGGAUUUACAGAAUAGAUCCAAGAAAACUCAAAUCUUGGCCGAUAAAGCAUGGGAACGAAUUCAAGAAACUGGUCACGUGAAAGAGACAUUAGAACAACAAAACAACAAGCUCAUUCACAGUAUGGACUAUAUGUCACGUGAUAAUGCAUCUUUAUUAGCGGCUUGUGCACUGCUCACGGGUUCCCUGUGGCCUGCUUACAGCAGAAUACGAUCUCUUACGUCACAGCGUAAUAUUCUUAACGAGUAUGCUAACGCCUUGGAGGGACUGAGGCGAAUGGCGSGUAAUUUAAGUGAAAUGUUGAAUAAUGAGCUUGAAGAAGAGUCAUCGUUCGAGACUACGUCCUCUAGAGGAAGGUCCUCUCGCUCUGAUGGUCGACAUCUCGUGCUUGUGUUUCGUUCAGCGGUCAUUGCUGUCAUAGCAGCGAACAGAUUGCGAUACUUUGGUCAUGUCAGUAGUAAAGUAUUUGUAUCAGCAGCUUGUCCGGGAGAGAUUGGUGGUCUGUCAGUAGUUGUAGCUGGUGGAGUGACUUCCUAUGAAGAUAAUUUUUCAGUUGUGGUGGACAAACUAAACAAAGACAUUUUCAAUAUUCGCAAAGCACGUGAAAUAAGUGGGUGUUCUAAUGCGCAUGCGUGGUUGACGAGCGCUCAUUUGCAAGAUCACGUGGUUAGUGCACUGGUUGAGUUGAAUGAUAAUCUGAAAACAAGAAACGACGAAACCGCGAACGAAAAUGACAAUUCCCUCACCUUUGCCAACCCUUCCRUUAUAAACGCUGCUAGAAGCUCCUACUCGAAACUUAUCUCCAGGCUCCAGACGGAAUUCUCCGGUGCUUUGUCCGAGGAGAGGAUUGGGAGUAGCUAUCGCGGGGAUCUUGUAUUCAUGUUGGGACAAGGACUUCAUAAGCUUCUCGCUGGUAUGAACACACCGGUCGGCACAGGCUACUCGUCUUCACAGAAAACGAUUGCAGAUCUUCAAGGACACAUUUUGGGCUUUACUCAAAGGCUGCACACCGCUGAAGUUGAGCGACGUUCAUUACGAUUGGAAUUAUCCCGAGCUAAUCAAGAAGUUACAGAGUUAAAAUCACUGCAGACGGGACAACAAGAAGAAGUAAAGAAAACACGUGACAACGCACGGGAAAUGGACGACAAAGUACAGCAACUGAAAGAACAGUUGCUGUCGAUGGUCCCAGUGACUCGGUUCGAGAGUGUUUGUGAAGAGCUGAAUAACGCUUUGAAACGUGAACAACAAGCACAAGCUUUGCUGCAUGAACAAACAACACAGAUGCAGGAGAUUGGCGCAAGACUCGAGAUGCAUUCCAGCCAGGGCGAGGAGAAAGACGCUACCUUAGAACAAGCUAUUAGGGGAUUGAGUGAAGCCAAGAUGGACGUUCGUCGGCAAGAGCAUGCUGUUCGUCAAAUGAACAAGCAAAUUGCUAUUUUGGAAGCCGAGAAAAAAUCGCAUACAGAAAGAAUCGUUAACGCGGAGAAGACAUUAACCUCUGCUGCAAGGGAAAAAGAAGCUCUUCUGACGUACCUCAAGUCGGUCGAACGGGCCCUAGAACAGAGUAUUGACCAAGUGCGCUUAUCGCAAGGUUCCAUGGGACUGUAUGAGUUAACAUUGCCCAAACUAAUUACACCUGACGAAAAGUUAGCCAUGGAUGGACUAACAAUGGGACCAGAGAUGUUGGCUUGUCAGAAUGUAGUCUUGGCAUUCGUAGAUGCGCAACAACGAGCGUUGGAUCAAAUAUCGUCACUUCAGGCCGAGAGACAACAAACAUUAUCAAGAAUAGCAUCAAUGGAUGAAGAGCUAUCUUCACAUAAAGCACAUAUACGAACACUGAAAAAUGAACUCACAGCGGCGUGUAGACGACAAAUAAGUGACGAUGCAAUAAGUGACAACAUGGGGAUUCUGGAGCCAUUUCAAGUUAACGAGACGAGUCGAAUGGGUGGGCUMCGUGAGGACAGUUACAAAGCUGAUUUCGUUCCGUUGUCCGCACACCGUGAUUCAUCGUUUCGACCGUCGMUUGGAUCAACAUCAACAGAUGACAAUAACAGGGCAAGUUUUACCAGCCCCAAGCGACGUGCGGCCUCUCGUUCCUCGUACAAAAAGUCAUCAUCCAAGCCACCUAUUCAAGAUUUUGCAAAAUAUUACAGCACUAGAUAGAUAGUUUUGUUUUAAAUUUUUCAUAUUUUUAUCAAUUUAAGGUUUUUGUAAGCGCGAAUCGAUUUGAAAUAAAGAAACGUUUUGAA